AUGGCCGCGUUACCUUUAGUGAAGGAUCGAUGGGGUGGUAUGCGUAGUGAAGAGAAGUUUGAUGAAGAUAUUAGAGAGUACUUGGGAAGUGUAAGUAGCAGAUGUGGAAUGAGUUUCCCUUAUUUGUUUAUCAAAUUAUUGAAUUUGAUCAAUAUUGUCGGCCAAUUAACAUUAUUACACAUCUUAUUCGGCAUUCGAUUAUAUACAUUGGAUUGGCUCACAAAAAAUUUUCCUACAAAGAUUUAUUGUCUAGUUGAAACAGAACGGGUUGAUCGAUUAUUACGGUGUAAUUUAAGUCUGGGUUGCAUUGGAUUAUUAGUGUCUGGGAAAGUUUCGAACUGUCUGGGAAAGUUUCGAACAUCCACUAUUACGGUGAAAUUAAGUCGGUGUUAUAUUGGAUUUUUAGUGUCUGGGAAAGUUCGGUUAUUGUUGUUCUGUUCUAGGGAUCGAUGGGGUGGUAUGCGUAGUGAAGAGAAGUUUGAUGAAGAUAUUAGAGAGUACUUGGGAAGUGUGGAGUUAGAGUCACCUACAGGGCAAUUGCUGAUGAAGCUUCAAAUUGCUCGUGAAGAUACAAGGCGAGCAGAACAAGCAACGAACCAAGCAGAAGAAGCAACGAAACAAGCACAAGCAGCAGUAGAACAAGCAAGAUUUAAGUGGAGUAACGAGAAAGUCCAGGCACCAUGGUGGAGAAGUUUGUUAGGAAAAACAGAUAUUUUUACAGCCGUUGUUUAG